AUGUCUCUUCGGCGAAGCUACCCGGCUGCAAGCUUCACCGACCAGCUGUCCAUUCUGACGAGUUUCCGCGGACUUCAGGCAAGGAGAAACCACACUGACACGCGCUCCUCGUCUCAAGUCUCUGGGGCUUCGCCAACUAGCGACACUACACUCCGCGAACCACAGGGCCCGGAUGGGCAUGCCACUGUUCGUAUUGAGCUCACGCCCAAUCCACAGGCUCGCAAGUUCGUGAUUGAAAACGGUCCUUUACUUGGCGACGCCGCCCCCGGUACAUCGCGAAGCUACACGCAGCAACAGCUACGACCACAUGGAGAGUCACCACUAGCUGACCGCCUUUUCAAGGUUGAUGGACUGAGUUCUGUGUUAAUCGCGCGAGACUAUAUCACGGUCGUGAAGUCAAGGGACGUGGAGUGGCAGGACGUGGAGGAGCUUGUUACGCAGUGCAUCUUGGACCAGUUGAGAUCGGGGGUUCCCGCGUUCCGACCAACUUUACCGUCCGAGGAAUUCACCGGCACAAAUGGUGUUUCACAGGAAUCCGGGAAGGAGUCUAAAGCGGAAGAGCAGGAAGACUUGUCUGAAGCAAUCAGAGAGCUGUUGCACAUGCGAGCGCGACCAAUGCUUCAGGCUGAUGGAGGAGAUCUUGAGAUGAUGCGCUUUGAUGAAGAUACUGGAAUCGUUUGGGUGCAUCUUAAGGGAAGUUGCGAGGGAUGUCCAAGUUCGCUGAUCACUGUCAAACGAGGAAUGAAGCAAAUGCUACAGUACUAUAUUCCAGAGGUGGAGGACGUGCGCCAGUGCGAUGAAAACGGUGAUCCACUCGAGGAUGAGGAGGAAGAGGAGUGA